CCAAUGUCCAAUGAUGUAACUAAUCAUGAUUAUGUAAUGGAGCCUCCAUAAAAACCCUCAACGACAGGGUUCAGAGAGCUUCCAGGUUGGUGAGCCCUUGGGGGUGAUGGGAGAGUGGUGACCUCAGAGAGGCCAUGGCAGCUACAUGCCCCUUGCUUCAUACCUGGCCUGUGCACCUCUUCCGUCUGCCUGCUCCUGAAUUAUAUAAGUUAAACCAGUGACCUAAGGGAACCGGACCCAGGCUCUGGCUGUCAGAUGCGGACAUGGUGCCCCUGCUGCUGCUGCCCCUGCUGUGGGGAGGUUCCCUGCAGGAGACGCCAGGGUACGAGCUCAGAUUGAAGGAAGACGUGACAGUACAGGAGGGUCUGUGUGUCCAUGUGCCCUGCUCCUUCUCCUACCCCUGGAGUUCAUGGUCUUCCCGCACUGAACUCUAUAUCUACUGGUACUGGAGUGGGGACAACAUACACCAAGGUUAUCCUGUGGCCACAAACAAACCGCGUGCAACAACGAGGCCUGAGACCUCGGGCCGAUUCCGCCUCCUUGAGGACCCGACGACCAACAGCUGUUCCCUGAACAUCAGCGACGCCAGGAUGAGCGACACAGGAAGCUACUUCUUCCGAGUGGAGAGAGGAUAUAGUGUGAAAUAUAAUUAUGGAGAUAAGAAGCUGAAUUUGCAGGUGACAGGUAUGGCAGGGGCCAGAAGAGGACCUGGGGCAGGGGGCCCCCAUCUUAGGACAGGAACAGGAGACAGGAACACUCCCUGUCCUGGCCUAAGGGUGGGUGGUGGGAAGAGACACAGGACCUGGGAUGCCCCAAAGAACCUCACUAUACACAUCUUCUCCAGAAAUGUCUCAGCCUUCGAGAUUCUGCAAACCACUUCGCCCCUUCUCAUCCUGGAGGGCCAGGCUCUGCGGCUGCUCUGUGCUGCUGACAGCAACCCCCCUGCAGCACUGAGCUGGUUCUGGGGGUCCCCAGCCCUGAACGCCACUCCCAUCUCCAGCACGGCGAUCCUGGAGCUGCCUCGAGUGGGGACUGCAGAAGAAGGAGAGCUCACCUGCCAAGCUCGGCACCCGCUGGGCUCCCCAAGUGUCUCUCUCAACCUCUCAGUGGUCUACCCCCCGCAGGUCUCCUGCUCCUGGGAGGACAAGUGGCUGCACUGCAGAUGCUCCUCCAGAGCCAAGCUGGCCUCUUCUGUGCACUGGCGGCUGGGGGAGUGGCUGCUAGAGGGGAACUUCAGCAAUGCCUCCUUCAAGGUCACCUUCAGCUUAGCAGGUCCUUGGACCAACAGCUCCCUGAGCCUUAGCGAGGGGCUCAGCUCCAGCCUGAGGCUCAGCUGCGAGACUGGAAACGUCCAUGGGGGCCAGAGCACCACUGUCCUGCUGCUGCCAGGUCAGGGGAUCUGCUGGGGACAGACGCUUUGGGAGAAAGGAGUGGAUGGGAGAAAAUGAAGCUGUGGGCGAGGGGCUGGGGCCUGGAAGGCAGGUGAUUGCUAGGACAUGACCCUCCAGCUCGUGCCUGCACAGGCCCUACAGCCAGUUCUGCAGGAGGUGGGAAAACAGGGGACUG